AUGGUGUCGAUAAGAGCAGCAGUCGAUCAAAAUUCAGUAGCAGCGAAGAUGCAACGAGAGAUGAACCGCCAGUUGGAGGAAUUAAGGCGCAAGAAUGAAGAAGAGUUAAACGCCCUAAGGGAGGAGAAUCAGCGGAUGCGAGUGCAAAUUGAGCAGAAUGCCCCACAAAGGGAGGAAUCCCAUAGCAAUGAAGAAGGAGGGGACGGUACCGGGCGAGACGAGUCUCGAGUACAAACCACCACCAAGCAAACAGAAGCAAGGCCCAGAGAAGCCAGACGCCACUCCUUCAUGGACGGGAUCAUGGAAGUGGAACUUCCCGCACGCUGGAAGGGGUUAACUAUGAGCCAGUACGAUGGCACUACUAAUCCGGAGGAGCGCGUGGACAUCUUCACCACCCAGGCAGGAUUGUAUACUUCGGAUGAUGCAAUCCUCUGUCGUGUUUUCCCAACAUCCCUAAAAGGGCCUGAACUCAAUUGGUUCACACGAUUACCACUCAACUCUAUCGAUUGUUUCGAUACGUUGGCCACCCGUUUUGGCAUACAGUUCGCCACCAGUAAGCCACACCAUCUUACUUCUCUGGCAUUGGUAAAUAUACGACAGGAAAAAGGAGAGUCUCUGCAGGAAUUUAUGGAACGAUUUGGGAAGAUAUCCUUGAAUAUCUCUAAUUUGAAUCCUGAGGUCACCAUGCACCACCUCAUAACAGCAUUAAAGCCUGGCCCUUUCGUUAACAGUCUAUGCAAGAAGCCCGAGAAGAGGCACCAUGAUAGAGAGCGAACGUUAGCACCCCGAUCCGGCCACAGGUUCAAAGACUCUAGGCAGCCGAAGUACAGCAGGUACACACACCUUGUGUCCAAUAGAGCCAGAAUUCUGGAGGAAGCACUGAACACCGAUCUAAUAACAGCCCCUCGAAGGGCUCCGACUCCCCCGAACGCCAAUACCACCAAGCAUUGCCGGUAUCACCAAAAUUAUGGGCAUACAACGGAAGAAUGUUUUACCUUGAAAGACAAAAUCGAGGAACUGAUACAGGUGGGACACCUAAGAAGAUUCGUAAAACGGGAAGGCGGGGGAUUCUCUUCCAGGGGAGAACGAGAAAAAUGCUACGAACAACCACGAAGGACAUCAGGAUACCGAGAGAGGGAAGGAGAAGGCACCCGAAAAGGGGCUGAACCCAAAAAAGAUUAUGAGCGGGAUAGGAGAGAAAGACCGCUGAGAGGAAUAAUUAAUUACAUUUUAGGAGGCUUCGUAGGAGGUGGAGCCACUACGUCCGCAAGAAAGAAGUACGUACAAGCAAUUCAGAGCGUCAAUGCCGUAACAGUGUGUCCCAGGCAGCACAUGCCACCCAUCACGUUUCGAGACGAUGAUUUCCAAGCGAUCGACCCCCAACAUGACGACCCAAUGGUGAUAUCAGUAGAGAUCGAGGACUUCGCGGUCAGAAAAACCCUGGUGGACCCGGGUAGUUCGGUGGACAUCCUAUACUGGGACACUCUCAGAAAGCUGAAAAUUCCAGAAGGGGAGAUCCAAGAAUACUCAGAACCAAUCGAAAGCACAGAAGAAUUCCAUUUUGAUGAGCAUCGGUACACCCAUGUCAGCAGGACACUUGUAAAGACCUUCGAGAUGCGGGAAGUAUUAUAA